UUCUAGAAGCCCCUUGUGUGAAGUCACAGAAGUCCAGCCCAGCCAAGCCAAGGAGCUGUCCAUGGGCUUCCUGCUGCUUCAGCUCCUCAUGGGCCUGAGCCUUGGACUCGUGCCCGGUGCUGAGGCCUGCCUGCAGUGUGAGGCCUCCAUCCGCCAGGGUCUGGCCAGGGCCAGAGAGCGCCUCAUGGCCCAGAACUUCCGGAACGAGCGGCUGCAGGCCCGAGCCCAGGCCCUGCUGCUGGGCAUGGAAAGGGAGUUCUUUGUCAACUAUGCCACCCAAGCUUAUAUGGGGAGAGUGGGUCUAGGCCAAUUCUCGCCAGUGGUGGCUCUGGCGCAGCAAAAGAUUCAGGAAAUCCAGGAGACGUACCUAACCGAUGAGCCACUGCUGGACAAGCUAGUGAGAGUACGGGGGGAGCUGAUGAAGUCCCUGAAGAGGGCUCUGAAAGAACACCAGCAAAAAGCCUGUGACCCCAAUGCUUGCCACCGGCUGAGCUCUCAGGUCCUUGAUUGUCUUCGCUGUCAGCGUGUCUAUGCAAAGUGCCUGAACCCCAAACUCUGCUUUGGUGAGGAGAAGGUCCCCUCACAGGGGGACCGCCAACCCCGGCUUGCCCUUCGCUAUGGAGCCCAGGGAGUCCUUGUGAGAGACGGGAACAAGAAUGCCAGGCUCGUGGUGGUGUGUCUGGGAGUCAUCACGUUUGGGGUCCUGGCCGCCACGGCCUACACCUACAGGAAUAACCGGAGGCUUUUGCGCGGAUACCGACGCCUGAAUGAGGGUGCAUACGAGUGACGCUACCACGCUCUGCGCGGGACGGGGGCGAGUGUGAAUUUAAUAAAGAGUUUGCGACAUUCUU